AGCUGCUGUCAGCUCAGCUUCGCAGCUUCGCACCACUUGGAACAUCAAGACGAUGUACCACUGGUGCUUGCUAUGGCUGGGCAUUUGUCUCACCCGCGUCGAGGGUGCCGAGCAGAAGAUCUUCUGGGUGGACGACUUGAUUGAUCCGACCAAGGUGGAAUCCAAGUUGUGGAUGAAGACCGGUGAGGAUGCGCCAUUCGGAUCCCGUAAGGUCCGUUAUGACGACUUCGACUAUUGCUUGGAAGCCUAUGGCACUUUGAAUCCCACGAUCUGCAAGCCGUCGUACUUGAUCAACGGAUGGAAUACUACGGAUGGCGAAUCGGUGGCACCACUCACGCAACUCUCAGUGGCUUAUGACCCAGCUGGGGAAGGUGAUGGCGAGCAUGUGGUGGGUCCAGCUGCAGAUCGCACGCGGAGACAGAUCUUUUACAUCACCCCCACCUGUGCGAACACCUCAGCACGGCGCUUGACCGUUUGGAAGGUGAAGUUCUUGUUGGACAACCAGAUCGUGCCUGAUGGGACCGUGGCAGAUCCGUUGACCUGCGCCAACGAGUCCUACGUCUACGCGCUGAACCGCUACGAAGUGGACACCGGGAAGUUCUCGCUGAUCUACGUGGCCAAGCGCGCGGACUUCCCGGCGCCUGAGAAGUGGACGGCUUACAGCUGGAAGUUGGCCGUGGACAGCACCCGUCAGCGCUUAUACUGGUGGUACUAUGCUGGCUCCUGUGCGGUAGCAGGUACCUGCGAUGCGCCCUUGUACUAUAUCGAUUUAUCGACCUUGGCCGAUGAUGGCGCCAUGCCCACACCCGUCUUGGCCGCGACGGUCAACGAUGGCUAUGGGCAUGCUUACUGGGAUAUGGCUGCUGAUGACAGCGGGAUGAUCUACUUGGUGGAUUGGUAUAAGAUACGCAAAUACGAUCCCACGACUCAGCAGUUGAGCACGCUGCACACCGAAGACUAUUUGAACACUGGGUGGCAGUUCUACGGCGUCAGCCAUUGGGGAGGGACCAGCAAGUUGGUCAUCACCAAGACGAACACUGUGACCUCCAAGUUGUGGAUUUUUGACACCAGCGACUCCUCUUGGACAGAAUUCUGGAGCGCCGUGCACUACGAGUUCUCCAACCUAGGCCAGACCAUGUACAACCAUGCCGUGGACGAGACCCACAACGUGCUUUACGUGGCCACCAGCGGCGGGAAUUCGGCGGGUCGCUCCAUCAUUGAGCUACCGCUGUCGAUCAGCGGCGCGUCGAUGCCCUACAAGGGAUGUCUCCAGGGCACCUUCUCUCUUCACUGCCCUUUGUAUGGCAAUGGAGAGCGCCUGGUGGUGGGUGACAAGUCGGCGGCCUUUUCGGUGGCGGGCGACGGCAAGGCCACGAACUUCGCGCCCGGCACGGCGCAUCGCUUUCCCGCCUGGGGCACCUCGCAGAUCGCCGUGAUCCCGGCGAACGGGGGAGACAGCUAUCCCAGCAAGAAUCCGUGUUUCAGCAAGGCCGCCGCCUCCAUCGACACCUUGAGCGCUCGACUGAAGGCCACAACACGGAGCACCUGUGGCAAGACGCCCUCAAGUGGCUUCGAUACCAGGCAUCUGCUCUUCACCGUCGACGCUGGGGACAAGUUUCCCAACUAUUUGAUGCGAGACUACGUCUCUUUGGAGGGCUUGGCCCAGUCAUCCGAUGGAAGCUUUGGCUAUGCAUACCAAGGCCAACGUCGGGCCUAUGCCAGCUUCAUGGACGUCGCCACAGGCGGGGGCAACACCGGAGAGAUUCCGGGGCUCCAUUCGAUUUGGGGCUAUGGCAAUGCCAUCAAAGGCCCUGCGGUGGAUUUCAUCAAUGGAUAUGUCUACUUCAUCUCGUGUGAGCGCACGGCGCUCCCAGUGAUUUGCUCCGAGUACGCUUUGAAACGAGUUCCCAUCAGCGCUUUGGAGGCUGCGGCAAAGGUACCAGAUCCCAUCGACUGCAAAGCCAGUGGCGUGAGUUGCCCCCAUUCCGGGCCUACACAAGUCCUGGAUGACCGCCAGGCCGUCAUUGCGGCUGCCACUGAAGUGCUCUACACCCAGACGACGCAACUCUUUCCGGGUCCCGACGAUACGGUGCCACAGCAGAUGAAGUUGGCCAUCGAUCCGGAAGCCGAGAUCAUCUACUGGUUAGCUCCACAACCCUCCAGCGGCUACAUCUCUCUCCUGUACCUGGACAUCAAAGGGUGGGACUCCUCGAAGCCGAAGUUCGAACCCUGCGACGUGGGCGAAGUGGCCGGGCACUACGCCUACGGCAGCUGGUCGACGUUGCAAGUGGCCUGUGAUGGAACCGUCAUGAGUCACGAGGUGGAUGUGAUCAAGACCUUGGAUUUCACCAACGACGCCAUUGUGGCUGAAUGUCGAUCGCAGGCGGCCACCUGGGCCGAUCUCCCUGCAGACUCGCGCCCGGGGUGGAAGGGGUGCUGGACGCGCUGGAUGACGCCGGGCUGCGGGGUCAGCGCCACUGGGUCCUGCGUGCUGAAGACCAUGACCUAUGACCCCAAGCGGGACGAAGUCUACUACGCCUUCCGCGAGAGCACGGUGAAGGAAAGCAUCAGUCGCUUCAAGCGCACCGAAGGCUCCAAAGGCGUGGGGAAUGAUGAGGUGGUCUACUCUGGAAUUUUCUAUGAGUUCCCACCCCGCGCCGACAAAGGAGCUGCCUUUAUCGCAGGCCUCGCGGUGGAUUCGCUCAACGAAAUGAUUUAUGUAGCGAAUUACUAUGGCAAUUCUGCCCAGCAAUCCGUGGCGAUGCUGCCUUUGCCCGAGAAUGCCAACUAUCCAGGAUCCAAUCAAGAAGUGCAUGCCAGCUACUGGCCCAUGGACUUGGUCAACGACACAGAUGCACCCAUCGCCUGCCUCUACGGGCAUGAGUCGAUCCCUCACUCCUCGGGCUACGGCAACCGCAAGUGCGAGUAUCAAGGCGAACGCCUUCAAUGGGGUUUCCGCUCCACCGGGAUGGAUGUGAUCUUGCCGAAUCCCGAGGGAAUCAAGAGGUACUACAUCGUGGACACGUCCAACUCCAUGGCGGUCUUGCCUCCCAAGCCAUCAGUGCUGGGCCGCAACCAACCCUUCGAUUGGACCCAGUUCUACAAGAUGCUGCCCCACGCCAACAUCCGGCUCAGUAAGGUGAAUGGUUGGAGUUAUGUGAACCAUCCAGUGAGUGGCACUGAUCUGGGCUUGACGCCCAGCUUUAGCUUCUGUGCCGAGAUUUGCUCCACCUUCUGGCGCAAAGGUUCCCGAAGGUGCAUCGGAUUUGAUUGGCGCAUGUCCAACCACGAUUGCGAGAGCCUCACGCGGAGUGGGCAGCUCCCGAACUUCACCAAGACCUGUGCAUACUCCAACAGUGGUCUGAGUUGUUUAUUCGCCCUGGUGACCUUGGAUGACACCACCGCGGACGAUUUCACCGCGUGGCCCAACAACUGCUUCACCAUGCCACAGGCGGAUCGUGACGGAAAUCCAUGGAUCGUUGGCAAAGCUGGCUAUGCGCCAGCUGGUGGCUGGCCCAGCUAUGUGGGAGAGUCCACAUCCAGCGGAUUAAAUGGAGGAGAGAGGGCCCUGCUCUUUCUGCUGAAGGAUGAGCUGUUGGCAGAUACAACUCAAGGGCAAAGCCUUCGCAAUGCGUGGAGAUUGGCGCUUCCCAAUGCGCGUUGGUUUGGAAGUACUGAUCACGUGAAUUACACCGUGGGAGAUUUGGCCAAGAACGGGAAGGCGAUCUAUCCAGGCGAUCUGCAAGGUUACGUGUUCAACUCCUAUGUGGACAACACGAAUCCGAAUGCCAUGCCUACAACGACCGCCAGCUGCUUUUCAAACGACCAAAUUGUCAUCAGCACCACACAAGCAGACACCACCAGUGGCGCCUCUACCACGUCCGGCACCACCGGCGACUCCGGCACCACGAGCUCGGUGAGCGAGACCACGAGCACAGGGAGUGGACUCACCCAGGAUGGCACAGAUGCCACAGUGAUGAUCAGUGCCAAUUUGUUGGCCCUUUGUCUCUUGCUGGGCUUGUGACAAGAAACGAGACCCAGCAGGAUGGACUUGGCGAUGCGGACCCCGACGGCCUGACGGCUUUGGCCCAGUUAAAGCCGGUUGAUGCCCGGACGAGCUGAUGAUUGUUCAGCCCAGAUGAGAUGAUUCCGGUGGAAGCUGCGGGAGAAGCUGGUGCCAUUUGUAAAGGGAGAGACAAAUCCAGUGUCACUUCAAGCCUGUCGCUUUCUGUCUUGUGCCUGUCACUUUCACGGGCUCAUGACUCUUGAGUUGUGGACUGAACUUGCAGGUGCAGUGCCGGUGGUUUAAUCAUCGGUAGACAUAUAUCACCACCUGCUUUGUCUAGGAAUGCGUGGUGUAGAUAUGUCAGGCCGAAGGCUGACAGAGACGGCAAGAACCAGCACUCAGCACCCUGAGUUCACUGCCA